GAAAGAGUUUGGAAAGUCAGAGCCGAGAAAUUACAGAGCAGAACAUCCCUGCCGCGAUCAGCAGCAAGUGAGACGUUUCCCCCCACUACAACUGAAAGUGGACUGAUCUCCAUUGCUCUUUGUGUGGCGCUAACCUACAGCAGGAGAUCUAGAGCUAAAGAAGAUGAGUAUGACAAGAGGUUGCCUGCUCUGCAUCAAGAUCACCAUGUUCAUCUUCAAUCUCAUCUUCUGGCUUGGGGGAUGUGGCAUUCUUGGGGUUGGAGUGUGGUUGGCUGUCACCCAAGGGAAGUUUGCCACCCUCUCUGUCUCUUUCCCCUCAUUGUCAGCAGCCAGUCUCUUCAUGGUGACUGGCUCUAUUAUCAUGGUGGUGGGCUUCAUUGGCUGCCUGGGUGCUGUGACUGAACACCGAUGCCUCCUGCUUACGUUCUUUGUGAUUCUUCUUAUUAUAUUCCUACUUGAGAUGGUCAGCAUGACACUCUUCCUUACUUACACGGAGCAGUUUCAUAAUUACGCGCAGGAGGAUCUGAAAAAAGGUCUUCAGUUGUAUAACACGACAGGAAAUCUGGGCUUGACCAACGCCUGGGACAUAGUGCAGACUGAGUUCCGUUGCUGCGGAGUAAAGAAUGCCUCGGAUUGGCUGGAAACAAAAGACAGCGUGCCUCAUACUUGCUGUGCUGAGCACAGUCCUGCCUGCAAGUCCAACCCAAGCCUCUGGUGGCAAGAUGCAUGCUAUAACAAAGUGAGGAAAUGGGUUGAGACCAAUAUCCAGUCCGUGGGGAUAUUUGGCAUCUGCAUCCUUGUUGUACAGGUCUUUGGGUUGAUCUUUUCCAUGCUGAUGUACUGCCAGGUUGUCAAAGCGGAAAAGUAUUAUGAAUAACCCACACGAAGUUGAAGGAUUAUUGAGGGCAGUGCUUUGCUGCAUUGGUGCAAGUAUUAUGCACUAGGAUGUGCCUAUAUAUAAACAAGACUGCAAAGCUCCAAAUUCCAUCUUCUUGACCAGCAGACGAUCCAGUAUCUUUCAUGGAGCCUUUUUCUGCCAGCAUUGCCAAAAACUAUAUUUUAUCCUCCAGGAGCUAAAACAUGGCUACCAAAUACAGGUCUUUAUAACCAAAGCCUGGCUUGUACAUUUCCGCUGUCUUUCUUAUUGAUGAGGAGCGAACGUGUUUAUUAUAAGAGAUAAAGUCAUGAAAUGAACUUGGAACAUGGAAUGCUAUGCAUGACAGUGCAAGUCUGCAGCGGAGAAAUAAAACUCAGCCCGGUUGGUUGAGAGAGCUACACAUGUAAUUAUCCCUGAGAUGCCAACAGAGCCAGUUAUCUUCAUUGGUCAUUGGAAUGUCAUUGGAAUGAGCAAUGAGCUAAGAUUGCCCAAUAGAGAAUACUUUCCAUUGAUAUCAUGAUGGCUAGCCAAUUAUUAUAAGACAUUGGGUUCAUAACAUGUCAAGGGACCAUUAACACCAAGAAAUUAAAAUGUCUGCAUUAUGUUUAGAAUGCAUGAUCAUAUUUAUAGAAAAAUAACCAGUAUUUCCCUUUUCCGGGGAAGGUCAAAUAUAUAUAUAAUCUAAGGUUCCUUUAAAUGCAAAUUGGGUGGAGCUUUAUAUAGACUUUAGAAAAAAGAUGGCCGAACACAGUAAACAC